AUGUUGCUCAAAACAAUUCUAAAUUUCUUGUUAUUCACUCUGGCCUUUUCCAAGAAUUUGUGGGUAAAAUGCAUCAUGCAUCAACCAGAUUUUGGCAAUUUCGAAUACUGCAAAAUUACAAAAAAUACCAAGAACCUUACAGGACUAUCGUUUCACCUUAAACUCCAUCAGUUACCGGUCACCAAUUGUCUCGCCCAUGUCGAAUUCCAUUACCUUACUGCAACGCGACGGCCUAUAGUGCCGGUCAAUUCCACUUGGGAUGCUUGCAAAUUCAUGGCAAAUCGUAAACGAUUCAUAGCCUUUGAGGCCUUGUUUAAGAUAGUGGGUCCAGCCACCAACCUCAAUCACACCUGUCCCUACAAUCAUGAUAUAAUUGGCAAGAAUCUCGUUUUCGAUAUGGACCGAAUUCCUUUUCCUGUUUUGCCUGGACAAUAUAUCAUUAAAAGUUCAUAUUUUAUUAAUAAUGAUAAAAAAUUAAGCAUUAAUGUUGGUGGCAGAGUGAUAUAG